AUGCGCUCUCUCCAGCUGCCACUCAGGGCUGGCCCUGCUGCCCUGCUCCUGGUCCUGUGCCUGCAACUGGGAUUCAACAAAGCUCUGGAAAACACGAAUGCCAAAGUUCAGUUAAAUCUUGGCGAACCAGGCUUGGGAUUCCAUGGCUGUUUCUACCUGGCCAUGGAGGAAGUCAGAGGGAAAGGUCUAACUUCUGUCAUCCCAGGUCGCAGGAUCAGCAGGGCCCUGUCACGAGAUGACAACAAGAUUAAAGCUCACCUACAAAGCAACCCCCAAAUUGAAGGUUCCUUCAACUACAAAUUUACCCGCUGCCUCUGUGAAGAUAAUCCAGUAACCUUCUUCUGGGACUUUCAGACCAACAGGACUGCAAAAAUUGCAAUAGUGGUUGACAUAAUUAAUGAGAAAAAUAUCUGUGUUGAAGAUAUUUCAGUGGUUCCCAAUGAAGCAAACCGAUAUUACACU